AUGAGAGAUGCCAAGAUCGCCCCUCUGUACAAGAACAAAGGUGAGCGAAGCGACUGCAACAGCUACAGAGGCAUCUCGCUACUCAGCGUAGUGGGCAAAGUCUUGGCUCGGGUCAUCUUGGUCCGCCUGCAGAAACUCGCCGAACGUGUCUACCCAGAGUCGCAGUGCGGUUUCCUAGCUGAAAGAUCAACGGUAGACAUGGUCCUCUCCACCCACCAGCUCCAGGAGAAGUGCAGAGAACGUGACCAAAGCAGUGCAGUGCAUUGUGUCCUGCAAAGUCGCCCACUUCUCUGUGGUAGAGUCUCCGGUCCGCGAGGUUGCCCGCUCGUUCCCAAACCUCUUGACAAACUGUUGCACAAGGUCUGGCCUGCUCAACUUGCUGACACCAGUGCGAUGAUUCCCCUGCUUCUUGCAGCACACAAAGGAGUGGUCUGUAUCGCGCUGUGCGUUUUUUGUUAUUGGAAUUUUAUUCCGUCUACACCAAUCCUAUACUUGAAUAUCUAUCUAUCUAUAUAUCUAUCUAUCUAUCUAUCUAAUUUUGUACAUAUCUAUCUAUAUCUAUCUAUCUAUCUAUCUAAUUUUGUUCAUAUCUAUCUAUCUCUCUAUCUAUCUAUAUAA